UGAAAGUGAAUCGAUCGAUCGAGCAGAAUGCAAAGCCUGAUGCUACGGCACGGGGUUCGUUCGGUGCGAACGUCCGCUUCGCUGGCGGCCACCAGGGGCUACGCGUCAGAGGGAGCGCCGAGCCGGACGGCACUGUACGAGUUCCACCAGAAGCAAGGCGGCAAGCUGGUGGACUUUGCCGGCUACUGGCUGCCGGUGCAGUAUGGCGAUCAGAGUAUCAUCAAAUCACAUCUGUACACGCGCGAGUACGGAUCGAUCUUCGACGUGUCCCAUAUGCUGCAAACUUACGUCAGAGGCAAAGAUGUGAUCGAUUGCAUCGAAUCGAUCUGCACGGCGGACCUGAAAGGAUUGCCGAAUGGAACGGGCACACUGACCGUGUUUACCAACAGCUCCGGUGGCAUCUUGGACGAUUUGAUCGUGACCCGAGUGGCGGACGAUUUGCUGUACAUCGUAUCGAACGCAUCCCGCAAACCCGUCGAUAUGGCCAACAUUUCCGAAGCGGUCGCAUCGUUCAAAGCGAACGGGAAAGACGUUUCGGUCGAGUUUCUUUCGUUGGACGAUCAAUCGCUGAUGGCGGUACAGGGCCCGAGCGCCGUGGCGGUGCUGCAGAAACUGUGCACCACCGACCUGUCACGGCUCUACUUCAUGAACAGCACCACGGACACGGUGGCGGGAGUGGCCGGUUGUCGUAUUACGCGCUGCGGAUACACCGGGGAGGAUGGAGUGGAAAUCUCGGUCCCGUCGUCGAAAGCAGCCGAACUGGCGGGCGCUUUGCUAGACCCGGCCGUGGGUCAACUGAAGCUGGCCGGCUUGGGAGCUCGGGACUCGCUGCGCCUGGAAGCCGGACUCUGUCUGUACGGCAAUGACAUCGACGAGACGACUAGCCCGGUCGAGGCGAACCUUCUGUGGUUGGUGGCAAAAAGGCGCCGGGCUGAAAACAAUUUUCCCGGAUCGGACCGCAUCAAUGCACAGAUCAAAAACGGCGUCACCCGGCGGCGCGUCGGCCUCCGGAUGGAGUCGGGUGCGGCUCCGGCCCGGCAGCACGUCGAGAUCCAGAACAACGAACAGCAGAAAGUCGGCGAAAUAACGAGCGGAUGUCCGAGCCCGUGCCUGCAGCAGAACGUCGCCAUGGGCUACAUCCGCGAGGAGUACAAAAAGCCGGGCACCGAAAUUAUGCUCAAAGUGCGCGAUAAGCAUUACCACGGCUCCGUCGAGAAGAUGCCGUUCGUGGGAACGCACUACUACCAGCGGCCAAAGUAAAAACAAGUGCCAAACAAGUGCUUAUCAUAUAUGAAUAAAACCCAAGCGGUGU